UCUUCGACCAGCAACACUUUCUCCUCUGCCUGUUGGUUUCCUGUUGGAACGCACAUACAGAGAGAGAGAGAGAAAGAAAGAGAGAGAGAGACAGACAGGGGUUUCCAGACAGACAGCUCCUGCUCACAUAUCCAGGACACUGCGACUCUUUACGGACACGUUGAGCCAGUCCUCUGCUGUCAGCUGAGCUGCGUCCAUCCAGGGGUGAAGACAUCACAUUCAAAAGCCACUGAGCAGGGAUUUAGUGAAGAUGCUCUUUCUUCUGGUGAUCCUGCAGCUGCUUCUGGCUCCUGCAUUCAUGGUGCCCAGUGUGGAUUACUGGGACUCAUGGGGUCCUUACGGCGAGUGCAGUCGCAGCUGUGCCGGCGGUGUCACCACCAGAACAAGACGCUGCAUCACUCAGAGGACAGACGGUGGACAUAACUGCGUGGGACCAGACAAGUCUUAUCGCAUCUGCAACAUCCAGGACUGUCCAGAGGGAUCCAGGGAUUUUCGGGAAGAGCAGUGUUCCCAGUUUGACGGGACUGACUUCCAGGGAAAACGCUACAAGUGGCUCCCAUAUUACGGAGCGGAGAAUCCCUGCGAGCUGAACUGCAUGCCGAGAGGGGAAAACUUUUACUACCGUCACCGCAGCUCUGUCGUUGAUGGUACACCCUGCCACCCAGGACGGAGGGAUAUUUGUGUGGGCGGAGUCUGUAAGCGCCUGGGCUGUGACAACAUGCUAGAGUCUCCUCAGCAGGAAGACCCCUGCCUGCAAUGUGGGGGCAACGGCCAGUCCUGCUACCUCGUCAAGAACACCUUCACUGUGCGCGACCUGCCAGCUGGCUACAACCAGAUGUUCAUCAUCCCAGUCGGAGCCACAACCAUCAGCAUCAGAGAGACGUCGGCGACACGGAACUACCUCGCCAUCAAGAACCUGCGUGGCGAAUACUACCUCAAUGGCCAUUGGGUAAUCGAGUUUUCUAGGGCAACACCCAUUGCCGGGACCAUGCUCUACUACCAACGAGGUGCUGAGGGUGAAAGCGUACCUGAAACCAUCAUCGGCCGCGGUCCUACGACUGAACCACUCGUUGUUGAGCUGAUCAGCCAAGAGCCUAACCAGGGCAUCGAGUAUGAAUAUUACCUCCCGAAUGGACGUUCCAGGGAGGGCUACUAUUGGAGCUUUGGAUCAUGGUCUUCUUGCAGCAAAGAAUGUGGAUCAGGCUAUCAGUCUCGCUUGGUCUUCUGCACGAUUGACAAUGAAGCCUAUCCGGACUACCUCUGCGCUUCUCUGCCAAGGCCACAGUCAAACCGUACAUGCAACCCUCAUCCAUGCCCACAAACCCAAAGCUGGAGAACCGGUGAGUGGAAUGCCUGCUCAGUUACCUGUGGUGGGGGCUCUCAGCUGCGCACUGUGCAGUGCAUAAUGCAUGACGCUGCUGGUCCCCGGGUGGUGGAGGACGCCAUUUGUGCCACCUUCGCUGAUGCUCCUCCCUCUCUGCAGACCUGCAACAUGCACAAAUGUGCCGAGUACCGUGUGACUGGAUGGAGCUCGUGCUCAGUGAGCUGCGGUUCAGGUGAACAGACCAGAGAGGUCACCUGUGUGGGAUCAGGCGGCGCAAUGCUCGAGGAAGCGUCCUGCAGGACUUUGCUGCCUCCACCCUCCAUCCAGGCGUGUCAGAUGCCCGCCUGUCCUAAACAGAUCCGUUGGCAUGUAGGAGCAUGGGGGCUGUGCUCCAAAAGCUGUGGUUCUGGCACUCGAGAGCGCCAGGUGAUCUGCUCGGACCAGGAGAGGAACCUCUACCAUGUCGACCAAUGCAACGCUCACCCCAAACCCUCCACAAUGGAGCGCUGCAACACCCAGCCAUGCUUUAGUCCACAGGUUGUCCCCAGCAUUCAGGACCCACGAGGACACGACAGCACUCAGACGAGCUUCCAGCCGUAUGUGCCAGAUCACGCAACAGCCCGCAGGCCUGAGACAAGAGAUCCCACCCAGAUAAACACGGUACACGAUCCUCACAGCCUCUCCCCCGCCCUCCACUGCAGUCAGUCUUAUUAUGGCUGCUGCCCAGAUGGACGCACCACAGCCAGGGGCCCCGAGGGUCUGGGCUGCCCGCUGUCUCCAGCGCCCACUCCUGCCCCGUCUUCCUGCAUCCAGACAAGUUACGGCUGCUGCCGAGAUGGUGUGACAGCUGCUCAGGGCCCCAACAAAGAGGGCUGCCUGGAAUAUGUGGCCCCUGCACCCACAGUUGCUUCUCUUCCAACGGAGAAUGCUGUGGAGUGCCGCACCACCACUUAUGGUUGCUGCUAUGAUCGGAAGACACCGGCAGGGGGUCCGAAUGGAGAGGGCUGCCCCAACCCACCCAACCACAUUGAGCGAUCCAUCUGCUCCCUGCCUCGCGCCGCCGGCUCCUGCAGCAGCUGGACCUCGCGGUACCAUUUUGACGUCAUCACCUCCAAGUGCGUCCACUUCUGGUACGGCGGUUGCCACGGCAACAGCAACAACUUCCCGACCAGAGCAGAGUGCCAGAGGGCGUGUCAGGCGCCCAGCCAGCAGCGUCCUCAGCCCGUCGCGCCCGUCGGCGAGUCGACGUCCACCAGAGAAGGCGGAGCGUCGUCUCCCUCCGCAGGGUCAACAGAUGCGCAGUCGCGCGACAUGGGCCGCACGUUCACAGUUCAGGGCAGCUCGCCCAGCGACUCCGGCAGACACGGCACUAGCGCAGCCAGACACGCCCACAGAGCUCGGGUGUACCUGAGACCACGCCGGCCUUCGUCUGGCGCACGGGCUCAGCUCACCGGGCCAGCUGCGAGUUUGACCCUGGCAGGCAUAAGCAUCGAUAAGAGCGACCCGGACAAAGUGGAAGCUUUAGUUGGCCAGACGGUGGUGCUGCCCUGCAGAGUCAGCCCACCACCUUCGUCCACCAUCAUCGUGGAGUGGAGAAGGGAUGGUAUCCCUCUGUCGGCUCAAAGACAUCACCAGCAACCAAAUGGGUCCCUGCUAGUUGGUCCUCUUAUGAAGUCAGACUCCGGCUGGUUCUUGUGCUUUGCUACUCGAGAACGGGAGAGAGACCAUCGCUACAUUUAUUUGUCUGUCUCAGAGGCUUCACCUCAGCUCUUUCCAACAUUGCUGCCCAAAGAUGGCCCUAUCCCCAGGUUCAGCAUUGAUCAGUCAAGCCCAUCAACAGUAGAAAUGCAAACAGGGCAAACUGCAAGACUGCCCUGCACCAUCCUUCCAGCUGCAGCUCUGCAAUCUGUCAGCAUUCAGUGGACUAAAGAUGGAAAAACCCUCAGUGACUCCAGAAUUACACAGCAUACCGAAGGCACCUUGAUCAUCAGCCCUCUGAGAUCUGACGACUCUGGGGUCUACACAUGUACAGCUGCCAGCCCACAACAGCUGGAGCAGAGGCAGUUGCAGCUCAGAGUCCAAGCUGACUUGAAGAUCACCACAGCUCCCAAUAACAUCCAGGUGUCUGAAGGCAGCACAGCUCAGCUUCCGUGCGUGGUGUCCGGAGAUAACGUCAACAUCGGCUGGUCCAGGAAUGGAGUGCCAGUGCGUCCAGAUGGGCGAAACAUCCUGGUUUCAUCUGAUGGCAGCCUGAUCCUAAAUUACGUGAAGGCCUCAGAUGAGGGAACCUACACCUGUAAUGCUUACACAGGCAUUUAUUCUGUUAGCGCCACGGCUGACGUAAAGGUCCUUAAAGACACACAAGGUAUUGAUGUGCAGUCAGACUGUGUGGACCAGAAUGAACUUGCCAACUGCAAACUCAUAGUUUACGCCCGACUAUGCGACCAUCAGUACUAUUCCAGCUUCUGCUGCGCCAGCUGUGCCAAGCAUGCGGCGAAGAACGGGAGGAAUGGUCGACACGCCUUUUGAUACUCUGACCUUUCAGCUUUGAACUUCUGCAUUUGCCAAAUGGAAUCAAAAACAGGGACUAGACUGUGGAGAAUUUUUUUUUUUUUAAAGGAACUGAUGAACGAGGAGUUCAAUUGUCGGCACUUUGCUCAGAUUGCCUUUUGUAUUAAACAACAUGAAACUUUAACAUGAAGCAUCCCAUAUAUGAUCUACCGGAUGCGAGGAGGCACUAAAAAUAAGCUAUUUACACACUGGACCUAUGUGUUCUCUGUUUUUUAGAGAAUCUAAUAAUCUUAAAAUUAUGUAACUUUAUUGUUUGAUUCAUUAUUUUGACUACUACUUCUAUUUUUAAACAACAUAUCUGCAAAUUCACCUCUUGUGGAUGCUGUCUCUUAUGUAUUUGACUGUUUUUUUUGCAUUUAAUAGUAUGUUACUAUGUGAAAUAAACUUAUUUUGUUAA